AUGUCUCUUGGCCCAUUUGACCGCCGGACCAGAAGGUCUCGCUGCUUUGCGUGCGCCGCAAGUCACUCCAAGUGCUCCGGCGUGAGUCCUUGUACAAGAUGCCAGAAACGCGAAAUCGAAUGCCUCUUUUCAACGUCGCCUCCUGGAGCCAAGGGUGCAGUCAUCAAGCUGGAGAGAGGGAAGAUGCACACGCCCAAGGACUUUCGGCCUCCAGCAGCGACGCGUCCUCAAAAGCCCAUUCCUGAUGCCACAACCAGUUAUCUGUUCUACUUCGAUAUGUUCGUUCGAACAAAUAGUUUCACCGGACGAGAGCCAUCUUUCAUUUUUGACGUCCAACACUUAAUAAAGUCUUCUAAUGAUCUGGUCCCACACCCGAGUCGUUCGCUGUUCGAUGCCAUGCUCGCACUCGGAGCCAUGCAAGCCCAUUCCCUUGGCGCUAUGACACACCGCAACAACCUGGGCUUUGCCCUGCGGUCAUAUCAACAGUCUAUUCAUGAACUGCGUAAUGCAGUCUCAAACUUCUCUCCGACGCAGAGAGACUCCAUAGCCUGGUCUACUUUCUUUCUUGGCUUAUUCGAGCUGCUGCAAGACGCCUCGGGACAAAAAUGGCUUCAACACAUGGUCUUUGGCACAGCACAAGCCCUUGUUGCCAGCGGUCCUGCGGUGUGUGAGUCAGGCACGAUGAAAACGUUCUUCAUUCAGGCACGCACAUUCGAAGCCUGCAGAUCAAUCAUUUUCAAUCAGCCCAGCUUUCUGGCAAGUCCGGAAUGGAUCAGCCUAACAGACUACCUCUCGACCAAUUUGGAUGAAAUUCUCAAGUUGGUAGUACUAUGUUCUAGCUUGCGUGUUCGAACGGCCGAAUUUACAAGCAAGGCUUUUCCAGCUCAGGUUACGUCGGACGCAAACCUGAGCGAAGGCCUGGAGCUGGCAACCGAUGGUUUCGGCUUGCGAGAAGCACUUGAUUCUUGGAAGCUUACCACGUGGUUUCUUCCGGAAUCACCGGACGAGAUGUUGCUGUCAAGUACAUACUACUCAGCCACCAGCAUUUAUCUCUCAGGAAACUAUGACUAUGACUUGGCACAUUGGCAAGCAAUAGGCGUUGCAGUGCCAAUACUAAGUGCAAAGCAGAUUGAGGUGCAUUUUGAUGCCAUCGUCGUGACAGUCAAAGAGGCUUUGAAAGGAUCUCGUCUGUCGCCUUUGCUGUUCUUAUUUCCACUGAGAGUUGCGGGGUCACGGGCGAAGCAGUCUCAGCAGCGAGAGGCUGUCAUAGACUUGUUGCAAAUCAUCCGACGUAACUUUAUCGUGGCGGAUACGAUGCUGGAGGAGCUAAAAGAAUUGUGGACUCGGACUGUUGGCUAA